AUGAAGCUUGAUGUCCAGAGACUCGUUGACCCUGAAACCAAGGAAGCCCUCGUAACCAACCUAGCAGACCGGCUUGAUAGCUUGCAAGCUGAAGAUCCAGAGGCAGCUUGGGCCAACUUCAGGAAUACAGUCUACGACUCAGCCAUACUGAUACUUGGACAUCCGAAGAGGAAACACCAAGACUGGUUGACAGCAACAACACAGAGAUCACCAGCCUACUUAAACAAAAACAAGAGCCUCAGAAGCAAGGUCCAGACUGUAAUGCGACAGAUGAAGUGGUGGGUGGCGAAGGCUGCAAAGUCACAACAGUAUGCAGACGAGCACAACUCCAAGAAGUUCUUUGCUAGUUUGAAGACUGUUGGUGGUGUGACCACUUCAGCAAUUCAGCAAACAAUUCUGCACAUGGCUCAGUGUCCGGUCCUGACAUCACUUGAUGACCUUCCGACACUGGAGGAAACCCAGAAAGCAAUCAAGCAACUCUUCAAGCUCGUUGGAGAGGCUAUGGCAGUCAAGCUCACUGAGCUGAUGCAGCAGUUUUGUGAGGCAGGAUCAGUGCCGCAGAACUUCAAUGACGCCAACGUCAUUCAUCUGAACAAGAACAAAGGUAGCAGAGCAUCAUGUGACAACCACAGAGGUAUCUCACUAUUGAGCAUUACAGGGAAGAUCAUGGCUCUGAACAUCCUGAAUCGCAUCCUACACCACUUGCUGGACGAUGUUGUCUCCGAGAGCCAGUGUGGCUUCAAGAGCAACAGGAGAACAAUUGAUCUGAUCUUCGCCCUUCGUCAACUGCAAGGAAAGUGCCGGGAACAGAACCAGAAUCUUUACGUCCUGUUCGUUGACCUGAUGAAGGCCUUUGACACCGUCAACCGUGAGGGUCUGUGGUCCAUACUCUCCAAGUUUGACUGUCCAUCAAACUUCAUCAAGAUCAUCAGGUCAUUCCAUAACGGCAUGAUGGCCCGUGUAGUGGAAAAUGGAUCUGUGUCAGACCCUUUCUCAGUGUACAACAAAGUGAAAAAAGGCUGCGCCUUGGCACCAACGCUCAUGUUUGCUACUGUGCUGGUCUCUGCACUCUCCAACACCGAUGCAGGAAUCACUAUCCACUACAGAUAUGAUAACCCCUUCUUUGACCUGAGGCGUCUGAAGGCCAGAGCCAAGGUCCUCAAGGCACUUAUGAAGGACUUCCUGUUUGCAGAUGACUGUGCUCUUGCAGCACUCAGAGAACCAGAUCUGCAGGAGCUGUUCAGCUGCCUGGCUACUGUAGACCAAGCAUUCGGCCUGACGACCAGCCUUCGGAAAACAGAAGUGAUGCUUCAGCCUGCACCUGGCUUCUCUCCCCCAGAGCCUAACAUCGAUAUUGAGGGUACAACACUGAACAAUAUGGACAGCUUUACCUACCUGGGAAGCUGCUUGUCCUGA